CCUCCAACCCCCAAAACAUAAAAGAAACAUCAUCAUUCUCUCUCUCUCUCUCUCUCUCAGAGCCAUGGCUAGAUUACAGAGAUUCAAAGGAGUGAGACAGAGGCAUUGGGGCUCCUGGGUGUCUGAAAUCCGCCACCCAUUGCUAAAGACUAGAAUCUGGUUGGGAACUUUCGAGACCGCCGAGGAGGCGGCGAGAGCCUACGACGAAGCCGCCUGGCUCAUGUGCGGCCCACGAGCACGGACCAACUUCCCAUUCGAGCCCAACGAGCUGAACCGAUCGCGGGUUUUGUCAGCGGCACUCACGGCAAAGCUACAAAGAUGUUGCAUGACUUCUCGGCAAGAACCGAAGGCAGUUGCGAAAGUGAAAAUGGAAGAAAUUAAUCGGGUCGAUGAUGAGUACAUUGAAGAGAUGAUCGAGGAGCUUAUCUACAACGGAACCGUCGAGAUCGCCCUUCCUUCUUCUUCUUCCUCAAUGUGAGUGUGGAUGGAAGGUUUUUUUUUUUUUUUUAGUUGGAUAAUUACAGGCAAUGCAAUGUAUAGUCUACAGAGAAACUGCAGAGGAAAUUUCAGGUGUUUUGGUGAGUUUUUUUUUUUUUUUUUUUGGUAUGUUUGAAUGUGGGGCCCACUAAGCAAUGAGGGUAAUUUUGUAAUAAUUGGGCACUGUAACAUCUAAGAAUAAAUUCGUACUCUAGGGUAUGUUUGGGUGACAUGAAAAUUGCUAUUUAACUAGUAUUUUCUAAAAAUAAUAUUUAGAGUAAUUUUAUUUUAAAUAUGACAUGUUUGGAUUUCACUAACAGCUGAUGUGCCACCAAUGAGAAA